AUGUCAUUGAUGGUGUGAUAUGGUCUACUGUGAAAACGGAUACCUCGGAUUCUCUUCAAUUAACUAAUUCUAGCGUCCAGCUAUAUACUAUAUUAAAUAAUGAUCAUCCUCAUAUUCAUAUCAGUAAAUACUCUCCUCAAUUUGCUAUACUAUCUCAUGAAAACACCAAAGUAUUUUUAAGUCACGGUGGUGCGUCUAGUAGUCACGAAUCUAUGUAUACUGCAACACCAAUGCUCGUGCUUCCUAUAAUGGGUGAUCAACCUAAGAAUGCUGAAAAGUUAGAGUUGGCUGGUAUAGCUUUGAGAAUUUCAAGGUGGAAUUUAACAGUCGAUGAUAUAGUAUCAAAGGUUAAGAGAUUAUUAAAUGAAGAAAGCUUUAAAAAGAAUGCAGAAAGAUUACAAUUUCUGGCAAGAGUUAAUAGUAAAAGAAAGUAUAGAGCUGCUGAUUUAAUUGAAAUAGUGAUGAAUACGGCAAAGUAUGAAGGAAUUAAAGAUGAAAAUGGUGGAUUUAAAAUUAAUAAUGAAAAUUUAUUGAGAGAUUGGAUUACUCCUGAUUCGAGAAUGGGCUUUAUUAGAAGCAAAUAUUUAGAUGUUUAUGCUGUCGCUAUUAUUCUAUUUUUAGCAUUAAGCGGGAUUUUUGGUUAUGCUUCGUGGAAAAUUGCUAGAUACUCUUAUAUUAGAUUUAGUAGUAGUAAGUCUCAUUUAAAGCAUAAAGAAGUGUAG